AAUAAUUUGUUGUCAGAUAAGAACAAGUAUUCUGUAAAAGAGUAUAUACAUAAUAAGUGUAUAUUUAAUAAACAGGGCUGUUUCAAUUCAUCUCCCCAGACUCAUAAAAUAAAUAUAUGUACCAAGUGUUCCAUUAAGCUGAUACACCCCUAAUUGUUAACUUUACAAGAAAAUAAAAUAAUAUAAAAUUGAUGGAGUUACAACUACACACCCUGUAUAGUGUACUUCAACUAUUUCCAGUUGAAAAUGUCUACAAACAUGGCGUAGUUCACAAAACCAUUUUCCCUUCAAAAUUCUCAAUAACAAACAAAAUGUAUCUCAUACAAUAGACAAACCAUAUCCUCAUUCAUAAAUAGACCACAUCUAACAUUGAAAUAGUCAUUCAGAAAACAUAAACAGGACAAGAUGCCAAUUCAAAAACUUAAAGCUCGCCAAAUUUUCGACUCCAGAGGUGAACCGACAUUGGAAGUGGAUAUGAUCACGGAUGUUGGAUUACUGAGAGCUUGUGUGCCGUCGAUUCUAACGCCGAGUGCUAACCAAGCGCAGGAACUAAGGGAUGGAAAUGAAGCUAUGUAUCAUGGACGCUCCGUGUUCAGGGCCGUUGAUGUAAUUAACAACAUUAUUGCACCGCAACUUUUGAAAUCGAGAUUAGAGGCUUGCCAACAAAUGGAGAUAGAUAGUUUGCUGAACCGAUUGGACGGUACUGAGAAUAAAUCGAAAUUAGGCGCGAAUGCGAUCCUUGGUGUUUCCAUUGCAUCUUGCAAGGCUGGAGCGGCCAAGAAAGGACUUCCGGUUUACAGAUACAUUGCUGAAUUAGCUGAGAAUUCGGAGCUUUAUCUCCCUGUUCCGUCUUUCACCAUGAUCAGCGGAGGCAGACACGCCAACAACACUUUACCAUGCGAGAAAUUUAUGAUCUUACCCAUAGGAGCGGAAAGUUUCGCGGAUGCGAUGAAGAUGGGCACAGAAGUAUACAAAGUAUUGGAGAGAAAAAUUGCAACCGCACAGGAAAUACAGUUACCACUUCCCGUUAGCGACGAAGGCGCAUUCACUCCUUUGGAAUUGGAAGAAGAUAGAGAAGCCUUAUUGUUACUAGACGAAUCCAUCAGAGAAGCAGGUUAUGAGGGAAGAAUUAAGAUAGCUUUGGACAUGGCCGCCAGUGCCUUUUACAAAGAAGGAGGAUACGAUUUACAAUUUAAAACCGAAGAGUCUGACCCCGACGACUACAUGGAAGCAGAAGCGCUGCGUGAUCAGUACUUAGAGUACCUAUCAGAGUACCCGUCCGUCGUGUCCAUCGAGGAUCCGUUCGAUCAAGAUGAUUGGGAAGGUUGGCUCACGAUGGCCGAUCAUCAAGAAGAAGUUCAGAUUGUUGCGGAUGAUCUGACGGCGAUGAACAUCGACAGGAUCGAGGAAGCGAUUGAGAGGCAGAUGGCCAACGCUAUUACUCUGAAAAUGUCGCAGAUUGGAACUGUAACGGAGACGAUCAAUUGCGCGAGACUGGCGAGAAUCAGUAACUGGGGAUACGUCGUGGCGGCGUGUCAAGGUGAAACGGAGGAUAAUUUCGUGGCUGAUUUAGCCGUUGGUUUGUCCGCUGGGCAGUUUAAGGCUGGAGCACCCUGCAGAACCGAGAGGACCGCGAAGUAUAAUCAGUUGUUGAGAAUCGAGGAGGAACUUGGGAAAGACGCGAAAUAUGCUGGAAUCCACUUUAGACAUCCCUUUGCUAGAUAACUUACUUAAUUCCUUAACAUUUUUAUUGAUAAUCUUGUAGAGUUUAUCAUUUAUCAGAAAGGCAAACGCAAAACAUAUUUAACAAUAAGAUAGAGGCUCACAUGAAAAAUUAAAAAAAUCCGAUAUUCCAAGAAAGAUUAAUACAAGCAAACUAUG